AUGAAGACCUUUUACCUAACCGUGGCCAUUUUGGGGUUGUGUUCAUCACAAUCCUGGUCCCGGAUGCUUCACGAGCUGCCGUCCAUGUUCGACAGGCAUGCGCAGUGGAUGACCAAGUACGGCCGUAUGUAUGUGAGUGAUGUUGAGAGGGAGAAAAGGUUCGAAAUUUUCAAGAGCAAUGUGGAGUUUAUAGAGUCUUUCAACCGGGAGGGGAACAAGACUUACUGGCUAGGGAUCAAUGAGUUCGCGGACCUGUCAAACGAGGAAUUUCGGGCUUACUGGAAUGGCUACAAAGUAUCCUCCAGUUCAAGGCAAUACAAGAAGUCACCAUUCAAGUACGAGAACAAGACUGCUGUACCUUCUAGCAUUGAUUGGCGAAAGAAAGAAGCUGUGACUCCGAUCAAGGACCAAGGCGAAUGCGGGUGUUGUUGGGCGUUCUCCACUGUGGCAGCCAUGGAAGGAAUCACCAAGAUCACAACGGGAAAAUUGAUCCCCCUAUCCGUGCAGGAAUUAGUUGAUUGCGAUACAAAAGGUGAAAAUCGGGGCUGUCAAGGCGGUCUCAUGGACAAUGCAUUUGAGUUCAUCAUUCAAAACAAAGGCCUCACAACCGAAGCGCAUUAUCCCUAUGAAGGAGUUGAUGGCACCUGCAAUACGAUGAAGGCAGCAUCCCGUGCAGCCAGUAUCACCAGCUAUGAGGAUGUACCGGCCAACAAUGAAUCGGCUCUUCUAAAGGCAGUCGCCAACCAGCCGGUGUCUGUUGCUAUUGAUGCCAGUGGCUCUGAUUUCCAGUUCUAUGCUGGAGGUUUUUUCACAGGAGAAUGUGGGACAGAGCUCAACCACGGGGUCACUGCGGUGGGAUAUGGAACAGAUGAUGAUGGCACCAAGUAUUGGUUGGUGAAAAAUUCGUGGGGCACGGGAUGGGGCGAGGAAGGAUACAUUAGGAUGGCUCGGGACGUGGAUGUUAAGGAAGGUCUCUGCGGUAUAGCCAUGAGAGCAUCCUAUCCGACAGCUUGAACGGGUCGAAGUAACUGCCAUUUCCUAGUUUAUAUAUACAGUUUCAAAUGUCUUUGCGUACUUAUGAUAAACAUAUAUGUAAGACCACAU